AUGCUGACGGUGAUCAAGUGUGGAGAAUCGACGAACCUCACAGCUCAAGUCAAAGAUCCCGGCGGAAAACUGAUCUCGUUGGACCAAAUUGCCAGCAACUGCUGUAUUGCGUGGCAAGGAACUGUGGUCGAGGUGGAUGACGUGCUCUUGACACUGGGUCUUGCCGUGAAAAACUACUCAACCGCCAAGGUCUCUCAAGGUACCCUUGCGAGUGAAUGCGACAAGUUCAAUCGCAUGUUCGAGGGGUGUGCAGCCGAGCCGAAGCGCUUAAAUGUGCUGGUGGUAUGUGCAACCAAGUACGACAAGGGCUUCUCGGACGAGUUCGGCAAUCGAAAGGCGAUGGUGGCCCCAAGUGACGCCUAUCCUAACAUUGCGCAAGUAAUUUUGCUGAAUUUAUCCACGCCAGACAACCGCGCGGAGUUUUUUUGCCUAAACGAUGCGCCGGACUUAGCCUCGAUGUUGGAAAAGCGCAUCGCAAAAGUCGAAGUGGAAUUCAACAACUAA